UGCGGAAGAAAAUGUCAAGUGUCCAAGCACGUCGAUGUGGUUCGGUGCCAUGCAUUCUACCUGGCAAUAAAAAUAAAGCUUCGUGAGCCUACUCGAUAAGCAAUGAACGCUCUACAAUUUCUUCGCUCAAGGGACAUCCCCACACGCUUAACACUGCCAAUUUUUCUAAUUCAGGCUCAAUGCUACCUCUCUAUCCCUGCAUACUCAGCCUGUCAGGGCUGUGGAAGCAACAUUUGCCCUGAAUUGCGUAUCAGCGCCACCGACGACUGACAUGCAGGUUAAUUGCUCUUCCACAAAAGCUCAUCGGUUCCUGACGAUCCUGCAUGCACAAUUUACAUACUAUAAUUAGGAACACGCCUUCGAUCGUCUCUUUCUCGCAAUGGACAGGCUCGUGAGAUGUAUAUGACCGCUCAAGACAAGUGAACCAAUCCGUCAUAGCAUAUAGCGACGUUUUUAAACCAGAGUCUGGUCUAGUUCAAAUGGUCGUCGUUCGGGCUAUCCCAGAGAGCAAUUGGCGUUGAAAGGCAGCCUGGAUGCGAUCCUCACUAACUUGCAUCUAAUAUUGAGUAUAUCGUAGCAUUCACUUCUGCUUUGGACAGAAUAGUGGCACUGACCCUGAUAUACUAUUCAUGUUGCAGCAGACCGCCCAUGCAGUGCGGCGCACGUUUUGUCCCUACAUAUUCUUCCCCAGGCUGCGCAAACACUGCCGCGUCUUGCACCUCGGCUAGACUGAGGGAUCCAGCAGCCGGUAGAUUUGAGCGGCUAUACAAUCGAUUUUGGAUCUGGAUGUCAUGCUUUAAGUAGUGCACCUGUCAUCUUUGGAGAAGGAAGCUCACCUUGUGAUGUUGCUAUUGUAUACACAACAAUACAAGUUUGCUGGAUUCAUGCGAUAGAACUACAAAGGCCAUAAAAAGCUCCAGCAGUAUAAUAGACGGCAGACGCAACUACAAAACUACUAGCCCAACUCAAAACCAGUCAUAAUCAUACUAUGAAGCUGCUCAUCUUCCAACUGUUAUCUGCCCUCUUGGCCCACACGAUCCUCUCGGCGCCCACAACCUGGCCAGGAAAAAGCCUACCGUGUACCAAACAGAGCCCUGGCCUCGCCAUACAAGACCCGUCACGAUUGUCACCUGAACAGCCGAGAGAGCCGGUCGACCGACGCAGGCCCGUAGAUGCAAAGGACACACAGUCGGAGAGGGGGUACUCCUUCACCGAGUGGAUCGGCAAGAUUGCGGGCGCAAGGAAUGCGGCUUUGGCGGGGGCGUCGUGCUUUUGCGGAGGCGGGACCAUAUGCUGCCGUGACCAGAAAGGCGCUGUAGGAGGGCUGAGCUGCGGUCUGGGCGUGUGCAGUGUAUGA